AAGUACCUGUGGACCAGAAUAUAGACAAUACUGAAUACCUUAUUUUCCAGUAUUCCGUUCGUGGUUUUUAUGAUAAUAGACCGCAAUCCCGGGGGCAGUUCUGACCCAGAGGUGUUAAAAUAUUAUGCUAAUUAUAGUACAAGCACUUCAAUUUUAGUUUUGUUUUCUCAACUCCACUUGCUAUCAUUUUAUCUCUGCACAGCCUUCUGCUUGACAAAUUCGCUUUCCCUUUUUUCAGUUUUUCUUCUUGCUCCUUCCUCUGUUUGCCCUUGCUUCUGUUAAUUUUUAGUUCAUGCAAUCUCCCGCAGUUUCUUCACCCUGUCCGGCAUGUUUCGUCUUGGGUUCAAUAUCAUUAAAAUCACUCGUACAUUUCACUCUGAGUAUCGCAGCCUUGAGGGUCACUGCUUAAAUAUCUAAUUCUCGAUCUUUUUGAAGAAUAUGGGAAGCAAAUGGAGAAAGCUGAAGCUGGCUCUUGGAUUGAAUAUUUGUGUUCAUGUUCCUAGAGAUAUAGACAAUUCGUCGUCUCUCAACUCCGCAACAAGAUUUAUCGAUUCGUGCUCGCCAUCUGAUGUUUCUCCGGCCGGUGAUAGCUCCGGCCAUGGCCCAACCACUCCGACUCCUUCCUCCUCUGGUCUUCUGCUUACAAAAUCCGGAUCCAAAUCAUCCAAGGGGACAUGUGCAAUAUGCUUGACCACAAUGAAAGCAGGGCAUGGCCAUGCCAUUUUUACUGCAGAAUGCUCUCACUCCUUCCAUUUUCACUGUAUCACAUCUAAUGUAAAACAUGGAAACCAAGUUUGCCCUGUCUGCCGAGCCAAAUGGAAAGAAGUGCCUUUUGAAAGUCCUGUUUGUAAUGUUUCAUAUGGAAUGCCUCGUAUCAACCAAACUCCCCGAGAUAACUCCUGGACAACAAUCUUCCGACGGCUUCCUUCCCAACCAGUGGAUUCAAGUAGGCAAAUUACAUCACUCUAUAAUGUUACUGAACCAGCUAUUUUUGAUGAUGAUGAGGAUUUGGAUCAACAAACUUCAAUGACCCACAAUGAAAAUGAGGCUAAUCACAAUUCAUUAGAUUCCAUGGAGAUUAGAACGUAUCCUGAAGUUUCAGCUGUUCCAAAAUUAGCCUCACAUGAUGAAUUUGCUGUGUUAAUCCAUCUCAAAGCUCCUCAUUCAGUCGGAAAACAAAAUAGUGUCAGCAACAAUACUGAAUCAUCACCUUCUGCUCAAACUUCUCGUGCUUCAAUUGACCUUGUCACUGUCCUUGAUGUAAGUGGUAGCAUGGCAGGUACUAAGCUUGCACUGCUUAAACGAGCUAUGGGUUUUGUCAUACAGAAUCUAGGUCCAUCAGAUCGGCUAUCUGUCAUUGCCUUCUCCUCCACAGCACGCCGUAUCUUUCCACUUCAUCGGAUGACUGAAUCUGGACGUCAGCAGGCAUUACAAGCGGUUAAUUCUUUAAUUUCUAGUGGUGGGACAAACAUUGCAGAAGGCCUGAGGAAAGGUGCUAAAGUGUUUGCAGAUCGUCGAUGGAAGAACCCAGUUUGCAGUAUUAUAUUACUGUCUGACGGUCAGGAUACAUACACAAUCAGCAGCAGGCCCAAUGCUGGAACUACCUAUCCAUCACUGCUCCCAAACUCCAUCAGUCGAAAUAAUGGUGUGGGCUUGCAGAUACCAGUGCAUGCAUUUGGUUUUGGUGCCGAUCAUGAUGCUACUUCAAUGCACUCAAUCUCUGAGAUGUCUGGGGGUACAUUUUCUUUCAUUGAAGCUGAGGACGUAAUUCAAGAUGCAUUUGCACAGUGUAUUGGGGGACUUUUGAGUGUGGUGGUGCAGGAAUUACAAGUUAAGGUUGAGUGUGUACACCCUUCUCUGCAGCUGGGUUCAGUAAAAGCAGGAAGUUACCAAACCAGCAUAAUGGCUGAUGCAAGGAUGGCUACUAUCAACGUAGGGGAUUUGUAUGCUGAAGAAGAAAGAGAUUUUUUGGUGACAGUCAAUGUUCCCAUUGACAAGUCUUGUGAUGAGAUGUCAUUAUUGAUCGUCAGAGGUCUUUAUAGAGACCCACUCACAAAAGAGAUGGUGGCUUUGGAGGAGAGUAGCAAAGUAAAAAUCCAGAGACCUGAGGUUGCUGGAGAACUAGUAGUGUCAAUAGAGGUAGACAGGCAGCGAAACAGGCUUCGUGCUGCAGAGGCCAUGGCUGAGGCCAGAGUUGCGGCUGAACGUGGUGAUUUAACUACUGCAGUUUCUAUCCUCGAGAGCUGUCACAAGGCAUUGUCUGAAACUGUAUCUGCCCAAGCAGGUGAUCGAUUAAUUGUUUCUCUUUCUGCUGAGCUAAAAGAGAUGCAAGAGAGGAUGGCUGACCAACGUGUGUAUCAGCAGUCUGGGAGGGCUUAUGUUCUAUCAGGAUUGAGUUCCCAUUCGUGGCAAAGGGCUACUACACGCGGUGAUUCUACAGACGGCACUAGUCUUGUUCAAACAUAUCAAACCCCAUCCAUGGUAGACAUGGUGACUCGUUCCCAAACCAUGAUUUUGGGGACGUCACAACAACCUCGUCGUUUUCUCCGGCCUGCUAAAUCAUUUCCUCAACGGCAGCGAGGGCAGUAAUAAUGAAAACGGCAUUUGGAAAACUCUACUCAGCCUAUACACUUCUGAGAAGACCUUCAAGUUUCUACUUUUUAACUUAUUUUUUUCCUUGUGAAUUUGGCACGGCGAGUACAAUGAGUAUAAUGGGAAAUAGGGAGUUUCAGGGUGAUAAAAUUCCUAAUUUUGGCAGUACAUAACUGUAAAUGUAAAAGGGUUGGGUUAGUGGGACAAUGAUCUAGGGGGUGGAAGGACAGGAUUGAAGUUGUUCAAGUGUUUGCAAUUAGUUUCUUCAAUAAAAGCAUUAUAUGUGAAUUA